CAUGUCACGUUCGGCCAGGUCCGCGCAGGGUUGCAUGAAGUCGAAUGAGCCUAAUGUUUGGUGAAACUUUUGCUAUUGAACUAGCUGUGUCCAGUGCUGUUGCAGAGUAAUAGUGUGACAUGUUCAUUUAGUCUCUGAUGUUUUGUAUUAUCAUGGUCCAGUAGUUCCACUCGUCUGCCUUGUUUAAGGUUUCUUAAUUUACUGGGUGAAAGGUCACUCAGCUCAGCUUUGAAAACAUGGCAAGUUCAUUGUUGGGGCACGCAGUAGCUGCGUACAAACGUGAUCUAAGUCUACCAGUCAAAACAUUCACACUUUUACGGGCCUUCAGUAAUGGGACUAAUGCACUGCGCAAGGACUCUCCGCCUCCACAAGCUGUGUUCUUUCCCCCUUCCGAAGUGCCAAUGCUGGUCCCGGGGACGUUCAAAAAUAAAGUGGCUUUCAUCACAGGAGGGGGAACUGGUUUAGGCCGAGGAAUGACAACUACCCUGUCAAGCUUAGGUGCCGAGUGCGUCAUUGCAAGCAGAAAGCUUGAUGUUCUGGAAAAGACUGCUGCAGAAAUUUCAGAACAGACUGGAAACAAGGUCCAUGCUUUGAAGUGUGAUGUGCGGGACCCAGCGUCUAUAGAGGCUGCUGUGACGAAGCUGAUCAGUGACGUGGGUCUCCCUGAUGUGGUAAUCAACAAUGCUGCAGGUAAUUUCGUCUCCCCCUCAGAGAAGCUGUCUGCGAAUGCCUGGAGGACCAUCACAGACAUUGUGCUGAACGGCACGGCCUUUGUAACACUGGAAAUUGGGAAGCGCCUCAUUAAAGCUGAAAAAGGGGCUGCGUUCUUGGCCAUUACCACCAUCUAUGCAGAGAGUGGCUCUGGCUUUGUGGUCCCCAGUGCCUCUGCCAAGGCUGGUGUGGAAGCUAUGUGCAAGUCCCUGGCCGCCGAGUGGGGACGCUACGGCAUGAGGUUCAACGUGAUUCAACCCGGACCAAUCAGGACCAAGGGUGCAUUCAGUCGUUUGGAUCCCACCGGGAUGUUCGAGAAGUCAAUGAUUGGCAGGAUUCCGACUGGCCGUCUGGGAACGCCAGGAGAGAUUGCGAACCUCGCCGCCUACCUCUGCAGCGACUAUGCCAGCUGGAUUUCAGGAGCGGUCAUUCGGAUGGAUGGAGGAGAAUAUGUGUCCAUGGCCGGAGAGUUCAAUGAACUCCGAAGGGUCACCCAGGAACAGUGGUCUAUGCUCGAGACCAUGAUCCGAAGCACAAAAGGCUCCUAAGGACUUUGACUGUUAAUGGCAGUAUUGUCUCUUUGUGAUCACAGCCUUUUGUUGAUGUUUUUAUUCUAUUCAUUUUUUUUUAUGAAUCCCCUAAUUGAUGAUCAGAAUAGACAUGCCACCUCAGUGUGUAAGAUUUGCAUGUAUUUCUGAGAUUGCCUUGCUAAGUGCCUGUGGCCUUUAGAUCAUUCCCAACGCCAUAACAUACUGUAAUAUAGUGACCUUUGUAGGGAUUAAAUCUAAGCACGAUAGUGCCUGUGGUCACUAAUGUUUUGUACAAAAAUGACAAACAUUAUUUGCCUCAUAUCUUGAAACAGAAUAAACCUUUUCUGCAGCAAUA